AUGGCCAGCAUGGAGAAUGGCAUAGUCGUCGACUCGGAACCCACCACUUCUGCUUCUGACUCUGGCUCUGAUGCCGCUGCUACCUCGUCUUCCGACUCGUCUGAAAAGAAGACCACCGCCGCUGCCAACAACGCGGCCACCACCAUAACCACUACCGGCUUCGCUGCCUCUGCAACCAGCAACAGAUACAGAGUCAUCACAACAGCACCUCCUUAUGAGGAUCUCCUCGCAGCAUGUCGCGAGAACCGCCGCGCUGAUCUUGAGGCCUUGAUCAGCAAUCGACGAGCAAACAACAAUGAAGUGUGCAGAUACACCCUGAGCAACUUGCUCAAAGAAGCCGUCUUGCAAGACUCCGCGGAUGUUGUUGCAUUUUGCCUUGAGCAAGGUGCAAUAGUAUACGAGGAACACCUUUUGUGGGCCAUCUUUGCAAAGGACGCAUUUGCCAGUUACUCCGUCCUCAUUCAGCACAGGGCGAUAGACCCCAACCACGUUCUUCCCUGCUACGGCGACUUGCUUGGAGUAUUGAUUGUGGAUAAUAAACUUGAAGGAGUCCGUUGUUGUUUGGAAAAUGGGGCGAAUCCCAAUGAGAAUCUGCUGGAGGAGUACAAAACGGCACUGGCUGCGGCGGCGGAGAGAGGGAAUAUCGCUAUGGUGGAAUUGCUACUCGACCACGGGGCUUGGACUAAAGAAAGCGGUGCCCUCAUUCUUGCUGCUGAGGAAGGUGAUACGGAAAUGGUGAGGUUUUUACUUUCUAAGGGGCUGGAUAUUAACGAGAUGGGUGUUAAAGGCCCGUUGGGGGCUGAGGAGUUGGAUGAGAUUGGGACGGCGCUUCACAAGGCUAUUUCCAACGGCCAUAUUAAUACUGCUGCGCUCUUGAUCGAUGCAGGUGCGGAUACUGAACUGAAGGACGCGCAAGGAAGGACCCCAGAAAAGCUGGCUGAGGAGUGUCACCAGCCUGCGAUUCUUGAGAAGCUUCGAAAGCUCCCGUUGUCGUCGUAUUCGCCACUACCUCCGUCCAUGCCAACUCUAGGAUCUACCGAAUCGGGAACAUCGCUCUUGAAAAGGAUCUCAAAGGCCUAUGAAGAAAUAACACCGACACCGUUCUUCAUAUCUCUCGUUUUCUUUUUCUGUAUCUAUCAAUCUCGAAAGGUAUACCAUCCAUAA